AGCAGUGACCCGUGGACCCUCGCUCCGGUGCAAUUACUCGUGUCGUGCGCGGAUCCUCCGACGAUGGCUCGCAUCGGUGUUCUGCGGCAGUAUCUGGCCACCAUUUCGGUGAACCUUCUUGGCGUGGGCUACGGAACGGUCAGCGGUUGGACGUCCUCCGCCCUGCCCGCCCUGCAGUCACCGGACGGCAGUCCGCUCGGCACGGGGCCCAUCACGCAGCAGCAGGCGUCCUGGAUCGGCGGUGUCCUCUGCCUGGGCGGUAUCGUCGGCACGCUGGCCGGGGGUCUGCUGGUCGAGCGCGUCGGUCGCAAAUGGGCGGCCUGGCUGGCCGGCUGGACACUGGUGGCCGGCUGGGUGCUGGUCAUCGUGGCGGACCGGCCCGGCUAUCUGAUGGGCACACGGUUUCUUGGUGGCUUCGCCGGAGGCGUCCAGUACGUGGCGACCCCCCUUUACGUUCCGGAGAUAGCCGAAACCAGAAUCCGAGGCGCGCUGGGAUCGCUGCUUGUGCUGUCCUGUUGCGUUGGCGUCGAGCUAGCGUACCUGGCCGGGGCUCUGUUGCCGUACGCAACCGUACCCUGGAUUUGCCUGUCGGUGCCCGUGGUUUUCCUCGCCAGCUUUGCGUUCGUUCCGGAAUCGCCGUACUAUCUAUCAAAAAUGCAACGGCACCAGGCUGCCGAGGACUCGCUGCGCUACUUCCGAGCGGUCCGCAAUGAGGGCAAGGUCUUAACCACGUCGGACGGGUUCGAGCGGGAGCUGAGUCAGCUCCGGAGUGUGUCGGCUGUGGACCAAGCGAAGGGAAAGCUGCACGAUGAUGGCCACUCCCCCUUCGGCGGUGAUCCGCUUCGAUGGGCAGAUUUCAAUACCAAUCACGCCCGGCGGGCGUUCCUGAUCUGCCUGGUCCUCAUGGUCCUGAACCAGUUCUGCGGUUGCUUCUACAUGAUGAACUAUGCGGAGUCGGUUUUCGCCAGCAGCGGCUCCGGGUUCAGCCUGCCGGCCCGCUACUCCGUCAUCGUCGUCGGUCUGAUCCAACUUUGCGGCUGCUACGCCUCGACGCUGCUGGUGGACCGCACCGGGCGCAAGCUGCUGCUGGUCAUCUCGUGCACCGGAGUGGCCCUGGGGCAAACCGUAUUCGCCGCCUAUUGUUACGGUCAGGCUGCGAUGGGCUACGACCUGACAAUGGUCGCCUGGUUGCCGCUGGUGUGCUUCUCGGUUGUAAUCUUCGUCGGCUCGCUGGGUGUCCUGUCGUUGCCGUUUGUGGUGCUCGGAGAAAUCAUGCCCCAGAAGAUCAAAGGAUUCGCCACCACGUUCUGCAUGGCCAUCAAUUGGACGUUUGCGUUCGUAAGCCUCAAGUAUUUCUCCACCAUCGGGAUCGUGUUCGGUAUGCACGGAUUGUUGUGCUUUUUUGCCAUUUGUUCCCUGUUCGGGGCGGUCUUCGCCGCUUACGUAAUACCGGAAACCAAAGGAAAGGAUUUCGAUGAAAUCAGAACCAUGAUGGACAAGUGAGGAGAAAAUUCGCAUGAACAAUAAACUAACGACGACGACGUGACGCGAGCCGAGAUCGGGUUUCAAUACGAAGCUAACAAACUACCGAAGCAACGAAACAACUUGAAACAACUUAAUAUACGAGCGAGAUCCCCCGGUCCAACGGGUGCCCGUUGAUGCUCGAGCAGACGGCAAACAUUAAUUAAUGGCAGUAAUCUUUAAAAUAACAUCAUCACCUUCGGGAAAGCAGGAAGCGCGUAGUCACGUUCCGGUGAUUCGUUGAUUAAUGCUCUGUGGGGUUGUACUGCUCGCUUUCGAUGUACUGCUGCUGCUGCUGCUGCUACUGCAGGGUGGAUGCUGUGGACAUCUCCGGACGGCGCCUCGCCGCGCACAAUUCAUUGUCCACGUAAUGAGCACUUAAUUCGUUAAGGCGAAGCACUUUCGAGAAACGUGCCGUGAAUGCUGAUUCACGGCGACAGCAUACAGUGACUUUCAACAACGGCGGCCGCAGUGGCCAACGGCGAAUCAAUAUAGUUCCCGGCGGGAAUCGCUUAAAUGGCCAGUCAAUUAUGAAACCAGUUCCAAAAAUACAACCCGGCAAAGUGGGGCCGAUGAAGUAAGAUCCUCAAGUCGUAUAGUAAUAUCCUAAAAUAACGUGUGUCUUUCAACGUGCGCGCCAUUAAAUGUUGUAAAUAAAAUGUU